AUGACAUUUGAUCUGGCAAAAUUCACUAGCACACAGAUCCGUGAGCUUUGUCUGAAGUGUCAAGUCAAGGGAGGAGGCAACAUGAAAAUGUUCGAUGCGAGGAAGGAGAUUGCCCGAAGUAUUGAGAUGGGAACCAUGUACAACGACAAGACAGUUUCAAACCUUGCGUUGGACCCCUUAGCUACGAAGAUCAAUACUCUCGUCAAACUCAUGAAUAUCUGCUUCCACCCUUCUAUUUACCCUUACUUCGUCUCCCUCAACGACAGCAAUAAUCGAAAGGACUUCGAACGGGAGCCUCUUUCACAGCAGGGUGUUACCGGAAAUCCAUUCAAGGACUUUUGGCUUCUCGUUUCAGAGCACCUGAAUGAGACGAAUGAGACGGUUGGUGAAAAACAAUUUGACGCCGUCUUGGGUCUCCAGGAGGGGGAAGACGAACAUCUUUUGGCGUAUAGUAGCCGGCUUCGGUUUCAACUUAAAUGA